GAUACAUUCACACAUGCUCUCACACACAAUCGCUCAGGCAGCCAGCAGGCGAGGAAACACAGGCAUCAUGACCCUGCCUGAGGACACACUCCAUGCUGAAUCUUCCAACAAAUGACGCCUUUUCCACAACUGAACUUCAAGGCAGAAUAAACCUCUUUGACAACAUGAUGAGGAAUCUCUAAGGGAGUUUUUCUUCCUUUUUAAAAAACUACCAACAAGGGUGACAAGUUGAAGUUUCCUACACCUCAGGGAUUGUUACAGCAACAUGAGUGUCAAGAGGAAAAAGGCUGGGCUGGUCAUCAGCUGGCAGAAGUCAUUCUCUAUCCUGGCUCCUUGGAGGAAAGGUAAAGGAGACACGUUACUGGACAGCGAGGUUGUUCUGACAAAAAUGAAGCUUUUAAGCAACUUCAACGAGAGGCUCCUUAUGACUGACGACUCUACAUCCACCAUCUCCACAGUGUCGGUUUCCAAGCAGGACGUCUCGGACCCCACCAAAGCUCCCAAGGUGAAUUCCCACCUUUAUGUCAAGUCCAGGCAGCCUCAGCUGGAGUCUGGCUCAGACUACCUGUCUGCAAUUUUCUCAGACCCUCAGCUACCGAGGCUGUACAAGUUUGAAUCAGAGGACUCUGGAGUGGAGCUACCCAGUGGAGCUAACUCUCCGUCCACCCCGACAGGCUCUGAGCAGAGUUUUGUGGUCCACAGUCGAGAGUCAUCUUGCGACUCCUGCAACUUAAACUCUGACCCUGCCACUCUCCCUGAUGAACUAUCCACACAUGGACAGAGCCCUGAGAUUAAACCGGCAGAAGACUUGGUGGAUAACAGUCUGAGUACAGCAGUGGAUACUCAGGACAAUGUGCUCAUGCCCUUAAAUGAAUUCAGUUUUUCAGCUGAGAGUAUAGAACUGCACAUAGGUGAGAACCUGGACAAGGACCAGUGUGGGGCUUCAGGAAUCAACCCUGAAGGAGAUGAGGAGAGGUCUGAACAGCUUGAGGAGAACAGUGCUGUAACUGAAAGGAUCUGUUCAGAGAAUACGAGGCCUAGGAUACAAUCGUCGACAGAAGCCUAUGAUGACAUGACAGGCAAUGACUUUGAGCCGGAGCCUUUAAGAAGGAGUGCCACCACUGACAGCCUUGAGGAGUACAUGGACGAAUGCUGCAGACUCAGUGAGGUACAGCAGAGUUCCAACCCUCUGGGCUCAGGACUGGGAUACCUGGAGCACAUCUGCCAGCUUAUUGAGAAGAUCGGCCAGCUGCAGGAGACCAACCUCCUGCUGCAGAGACAGAUCUGCAGCCUGCAGAAGGAUGGCAGGAUGGCAAAGACCAAAGAGGACUUUUUCCAACAGCACUGCAGCUGUGGUGCAGCCAGUCUGGCCUUUCAGGACGCGCAGAAGCGACACUCCAGAAGUGAGUUUUUGUCACCUAGUGGAACGCUCUCUGACCUGUCCACCAUCCCUGAGGUCACCCGGCACCCACUUCUAUCAACCAGGAGAGACAUGAGCAGCGAGGCUUUGACAGCCGUACCUCUUUGGAGGAGAGGCCUGAACCGAAGGAGUUACACUGAGGGGGAGGUCCACUUCCUCGGUGACAGCACCGAGGGGCUCUCCAUCCCCCAGCGGAGGCUGAGUGAAAGCUACACAUGGGGCAGAGUCAAAGAACUAGUGAGGAAAACUAAGCUGAGGAACCAUAGCAGACUGGGACUGAGCUCCACCUCACUGAAGAUGUCCUGUCCACAACUGUACAGGCCUGAUCUGGGACCAGUAGAACCUGCUGGCAGAAACAGGAACUCCAUGAUUGCCCUGGGCCAGCAGAGCAAGUUGGACUUCCCUUGGCUACAAUAAACAUCCAGAUCAGAUCCAGAUGGCCUCACAUGGGAGGAGAAGGAGGACACAACACAGGGGAGAUGAUUCAAGACUGGGGAAGAAACAGUGAAGAAGAAAAUGGAGGGAAUGAAUAAGAGAGAAGAGCAUGAGGGAAUUAAAGGAGAGGAAUCUCGUAUGAGGGAUUCAGUUGUUGCACGUGAGGGAACAUGAGUGUUUAUUUGAGACUUGUUAAAUGUAUAUCACAGUGAAACUUAGAAGUCUGAUGUUCUCAUAUAAAAUAAUCAAGAUGGGGCUAAUUAUAUACAUCUAAAACGAUCUAAACUGUGACAUACUGCAUUAUACAUGUUGAUAUAUUUACAAUAGGAUAGGUUUCCAUUAGAGCGCUGCAAAAACUGUAACAAUCCAACUAAUGUGAAAUAUAAACAUAUUUCAUAUUUUUCAUUCUGUAUUUAAGUUUGUAAAUGUGUUAUAGACAGACUGCUUUGUAUAUAGUGUGUGUAUAUGUGUGUGUGUAUGUGCGUGUGGUGUUGUAUAACUGGGGUGCAUGCAGAGAUAAUGUGUAUGACGUGUUCCAGUGUGUGGAUCAUACAUCAUGUUAAGGUAUGGGCUGAGGAUAACAUGUCAGAUAGAAACCACAGCCUCACUGCAGGCUACUGUCUCCUCUUAUGUAACCUUUCAAAAACUCUCUUCCAUCAAACAGCAGCCUGCCUUAACAUUCACUUUUUUCAUUCUCAUCCCAUAAACUCUGAUUAUAGGAGGCUGCAGAGGAACAUCAAUCUCUUGAUAUAACUAGAAUACAUAUAACUAGUGUGUUUAAUAACAUGCAAAGCUUGAGUUUGCCACAUUAAGCGCUCUGAUUUAUGUUCUGUGCCAGUGUUGCGUCACUGGAAUUCUCUUGUCUUGUCCCAGAUAACAUGGAGUCAUGAGUUACAGUAGCAGAAAAGAAAAGUUGAUGAUUUCUGAAAUUGUGUAAAGGCCUCAUAAAUUGGAAUCAUAAACAUUGAGUAUAAGCCCAAAUUUUUCUCUCAAGCAGAAACAAUUUCAAUGAAUUCACAUCUGCAUCCAAGCAAUCACACCACCUCAACAAUCUGCAGUAUGUUCAGUCUUAACACACCUUUGAAGCUAACCCAGUUUGAAAUUGGUGAUAAAGGGGCUAUUUGCUAGCACAGUCCUGUUUUUCAAGGUUGCACUGCAGCUUGAUCUAUGUACAUUAAAGUCAUUAAAUUGAAUACUGCAUAGCUGAUAUUUCUGCCAUUUUUUGUGUAGUUUAAGAAACAAAAUGAUGUGUAACUCCUGACUUGUCAUGACUUGUAAAGCUGCACUCAGCAGGACAUCCAAGGAAAAUAUGUCAGUGCAAAAAUUCAGUGAUUCAGAGCAAAAGCAGUGAGUGAUUAGCUUUAAGGAUGGAGACUUGGUAAUAAUAAAAAAUAACAAGAAUGACCUUUUCUCUACAGAGUAACCAGAGAAAAAAAAAAAGUUUUUGAAUGCCAAAUUUUGUUAGGACAAGGCUUUCCACGAACUGCCACAGCAACAGAUAUAGUAAGUAGCAGCUGCUCUGUUGUGUAAGACAAAGUGCUUCCAACACCACAAGACAGCAUUUCAGUUCUGAUUAAAGGUGGAAAUGCUUCAGAAAUAUUGUCUAGGUAUUAUAAUACCAAGGGAUGCUCCAUAGUACGCUAUUCUAAUGAACUCCAAAGUGGUAAAAAAAUGUAUUUACUGUAUACUGUACAAUAAAAGUGUAUUCCUCUUGUGUCUGAUCAGUCAGCAGAAGGAGGGAUGUAUGUAGAAUUUUGUAAGGCAACAAGAACUGUUUGUGUGUAAAUUAUAGCUGAUGUUUCUGUGUAUGACGUCAGACAACUGUAUCUGUAUCUUUAUUGUAUGUUUCAGUAUGCACCAAUAUUCAAAUUUAUUUUUCAAAAUAAAGUUAAAUCAAAAGUA